UGCUUCGCCAUGGCGGAAGAAUAGGUCAGUCUGGAGGAGACGCUGGUCAUCCAACGCAAUGCGCCCGUCUGGAUUGAGGAUCUACCGGUAAGGAAGGAUAUCACAGCUCCCUCUUCGCGCCGACAAUGCUGCUGGAAGUGGGAUCGCUGCGCAGCGCGGGCAAUGGGAGCUACUGCCUGGCCACAUUUCCCGGCCGGAGUGCCAAGAACAGGCAAUCGCGCGUAACGAUUGUAUGCGCCCGGGGCAAGGCGAUUGAUGGCAGCAGCAGCAGCAGCGGCACCAAGAGAUUCCCUUUGGGUGGCACCAGAAAGAAGAUCAAAGACGAGGAAGGCAGCGAUGGCGAGCAGGAAUCAUCGAAUGGCGCUCUGAAUUUCGGCACGCAGCUCUUAAAUCUCCCCUCCAGGAGGGACAAAUCUUCUCCCCCGGUAAAGAGUGGAACCAAGAAAGAGCUCGCUUUGUCACUGGGUCUUCUUCGCCGAGCUCCCGACGCUAAGACAGUGUUUGUGGCUGGAGCAACUGGUCAGAUCGGCGCUCGAGUCUCGCAGCAGCUACUCCGGAGUGGAUUCACAGUCCGUGGAGGUGUCCGCGAUCUCUACUUCGCCCAGCAGCUCGCGGAGUUCGCUACGCAGUAUGGGGUGAUCAGCAGGGACGAAGCACGGAAGAUCAACGCAGUGGAAUUCGAUUUCAAGGACGUAGAGUCGAUAGCAAAGGCUAUAGGGAACGCAGGCAAGGUGGUGGUGACGGUCGGUCCCUCGGAGGAUGGUCCUCGGGGCAAAGUCUCGGCAAAGGAUGCCCUCCAAGUUCUAGAGGCGGCCAGUGUAGCACAGGUGGGGCAUGUUGUGGUGGUGGCCGAGGCUGGCGGUGCGUCGAGCAGCGGCGGCGGUCCGCUGGCCUUGAUCACGGAUUUCUUCAGUAAGUUGUUCAGCAAGGGUGCAGAAGUCUCGACUGAUUCGUUGCUCGAUAGUGUUGUGGACACGGAGCUGAGGUUUACGUUUGUCAAGGUGAGCUCCACCGAGGGUGUGGAUGAUUUCAGCCCCGACGGAGAGAAUGUAGUGCUGCUGUCUGAAGGGACGUAUAACCAAGGCACGGGAAAGGUAUCGAAGUCUCAGCUCGCGUCUGUUGUAGCGGGGAUCUUUGCAAACAUUGCCAUAGCAGAGAACAAGGUGGUCGAGGUUGCCACUGUUGAACCUGGAUCAUCCAAACCCAUUGAAGAACUACUAAGUGCUAUACCAGAGGAUGGAAGACGAGCUGCAUUGGCGGAGGCGCGAGCCAAAGCGGAGGCCGAAGAGCGGCAGAGACAGCUUCGGGAGCAGGCAGAGGCCGAAGCCAAGAAAGCGCUGGAAGAGGCGAAGGAUGCCGCUGCUCUCGCCAACGAGCUGGAGGAAGAGGCAAAGGAGCUGGCUAAACAGGAAGCACAGGCGGUUGCCAACGCUCAAAAAGCCAAAGACAAAGCCAAGGCCGCGGCAGCGUCGCUGGAAGCUCUGGGGGCAAAGAUGAAGGAUAUUGGAGCUUCCAUCAGCGAGACAUCGCAGAAUGGCUUCGGCGGUUUCUUCAAGCGAGGCAUGGCUGGUCCUCCGGCCGAGGAAGAAGAAGAUGUGGAGAGCAGCGGGACAUCCCAGAAUGGCUUUGGUGGUUUCUUCAAGAGAGGCACAGUGGCUGCCAAGAAAGAAGAAGAGAGUCAGGAGGAGGAAGAAGAGAAGCCAAAGUUUGGUCUGGGAAACUUGUUUACGAGGAGCAAGGACACAGCAUCAUCAGCCGAGACUCCAUCGCCAGCAAAGAAAGUUCCUUCUACCAAAACGAAGACCCCAAGUCCUCCAAAGAGACGAUCGCCACCACCGCCACCACCGCCAGCGAUGAGGACGAAGGCUCCGAGAGAGACGAGCAAGGCCCAAAGCUCGGCAGGAAAGAAGAGUGUGCUGGGAGGAUUGUUCAAGCAAGACACGAUAUAUAUCGACGAGUAACACGAUAGUAUAUUGUACAAACCAUGAUAUCGUCUGUAAAUCAAUCAAAAAGAGAUAUUUUGCGUUG